AUGGCUCCAUCAGCCGAUCCCAUUCCUGUGACGCCCGUUGCCAACUUCCCUCCUCCGACUCAUCCUGAAUGUCUGCGUGUUGAUCGCAGUACGAAAGCAUUUGCGAGUGGAGCUUAUUCUCUCGUCGACCUCCCCGCGGGUGCCGUCUUCGCCAAGAUCACUACGGCAACUCCCGGAAAGAAAGCCUACACGAGCGUGCAAACCGGCCGCGACACCCACAUUGAACUCAACUCCGACCUCGUCUACUGCAAUCACUCAUGUGCACCCUCGUUGGUCUUCGAUAUGGGCCGUAUGGAGGUGCGGGUCGGGGACGACCACCCUUUGAAGGCAGGUGAUGCCCUUACCUUCUUCUACCCCAGCACCGAGUGGGAGAUGGACCAGGCAUUCCAGUGUAAUUGCGGGGCAGGUGAGGGAGUCUGCAGAGGCUGGAUCUCUGGGGCCAAGACCAUGUCCACCGACGAAUUGAACGGCUACUGGCUCAAUGGCCACAUUUCCGAAUUGUUGAACGAGCGGGCCAAUUGA